CUCUCGGUCUUUCCGCCUCUUUCUCUUCUCAAAGAAAUUCAACAGUACUAAUUACUCGUCAUAACGUCAUAGCUACAUUUUUCAUUGCUUUCUUCUUCUUCUUUGACAGAACAGAGAACAGUGUCAUUCGUCGCCGUAGCAGCUUAAUUAUAUAAGAAGAGUCUACGACGUGACGUUCACAUAAAGGAGGAGGAAGAGGAAGAGGAAGAGGAAGAGAAAAUGGCACAGAGCUCGAUAAGGAAGGCGCUGGGGGCGGUGAAGGACCAGACGAGCAUCGGCCUGGCGAAGGUGAGCAACACGUCGACGGUGUCGGACCUGGACGUAGCGAUCGUGAAGGCGACGCGUCACAACGAGUUCCCGGCGGAGGAGAAGCACAUCCGGGAGAUCCUGAGCCUGACCUGCUACUCCCGGGCCUACGUUACCGCCUGCGUCUCCACCCUCGCCCGCCGCCUCGGCAAGACCAAGAGCUGGACGGUGGCCCUCAAGACCCUCAUCCUCGUCCACCGCCUCCUCUGCGACGGAGACCCCGCCUACGAGCAGGAGAUCUACUUCGCCACCCGCCGGGGGAUGCGCAUGCUCAACAUGUCCGACUUCCGGGACGCCUCCCGCUCCGACGCCUGGGACUUCUCCGCCUUCGUGCGCACCUACGCGCUCUACCUCGACGAUCGCCUCGAGUACCGCAUGCACGGCCGCAGGAAGCGCCGGCGCAGCCGGAGCAGCAUCUGCACCGACGAGGAGGAGGAGGAGGCCUCCCUGGCCGAGGCGGUGGCCUUAAGGGCCACGCCGGUCAGGGAGAUGAAGAACGACCGCCUCUUCACCCGGACGCAGCACCUGCAGCAGCUCAUGGAGCGCGUCCUCGCCUGCCGGCCAACAGGAGCGGCGAAGAACAACCGGAUCGUUCACGUUGCUCUCUACCCAUUGGUGAAGGAGAGUUUCCAGAUCUACUACGACCUGGCCGAGAUCAUGAACAUCUUCAUCGAUCGCUUCAUGGAGCUCGAAGUCCCCGAAUGCGUCCGCGUCCACGGCAUCUUCUCCCGCCUCUCGAAGCAAUUCGAGGACCUCGAAGGCUUCUACGGCUGGUGCAGGACCGUCGGCGUCUGCCGCUCCUCCGAGUACCCCGAGGUCGAGCGCAUCACCGCCAAGAAGCUCGGCGUCAUGGACGAGUUCAUCCGCGACAAGUCCAGACUCGCCGAGAGCAAGAAACACCGCGACUUCGACCCCCAACCCGAAGACACCAAACCCCCCGAAGAGGCCGACAACGAGAUGUCCAGCAUCAAAGCUCUGCCGGCGCCCGGCGACUACUCCGACCCGCCGGCCGAGAAGAGGGAGGAAGUUAAAGAAGAAUGGAACGAGCCCUCCCCCAGUAUCAAACAACUGGAAGAAGAAGAAGAAGCGGACUUGCUGAACAUGAAAGAUGAUGCGAUGACCGGAGAAGAGCACGGCAACAGCCUCGCCUUGGCGUUGUUCGACGUGGACACAGCAUCGAACACAGGGUCCAAGUGGGAGGCGUUCCCAGACGGCGACUCGUCGGACUGGGAGACGGCGCUGGUCCAGUCGGCGAGCAACCUGUCAGGCCAGAAGGCGGCGCUCGGCGGGGGAUUCGACAUGCUGUUGCUGGAUGGCAUGUACGUCCAGGCGCAUACCUCUGCGGCGGCCGCUGCUCGAUCCCAAGGACAUAGUGGGAGAGGGAGCGCGAGCAGCGUCGCCAUCCGGGCACCGGCGAUGCAGCCAAUGCUGGCGCUGCCGGCGCCACCGACGAGCGGAGGCACGAACAUAUUUGGAGGGGACCCAUUCGCCGCAUCACUGGUGGUGCCGCCGCCGUCGUACGUCCAGAUGUCGGAAAUGGAGAAGAAGCAGUUCCUGCUCGUGGAGGAGCAGCGAAUGUGGGAGCAGUACGCAAGGAAUGGGAUGCAGGGGCAGUCGGGGCUGGCCAAGCUGCAUCCCCCGCCGGGGAGUUAUCAUAUGGGCGGCUACAACCACAGGUUUUGAGGGAAAAAACAAGAAAAAAAAAAGGUAAUUUGAUUUGAUGGACGUCCAAUUGAUCUCGGAGGGGCAUCAUGUACGGGAAUAAGCAUGUAUUUUUAACUCAAGAAACUAAAAUCCAGUGUCUUUUUUCCCGUUUUCUUAAGCUCAAGUAAUGUCUCUUGGCUUAGCUUAUUAUUAGUGAGUUCGCUUAGCCCCCAAAUCUAUUAAGCCACUCUUGGAUAUAUGGCUGUAUAUUUAAUUUGCAAGAAAAUUUAUUUUUU